CCAGGUGCUGAUAGAGAUGCCUGCGUGUCUGCGGCCUGCAGCGUCUGUGUUUGCGGAAAUGCUGGGCUUCAGUGCACUGCUGGACUGAGCCGAGAGUGCAUCUGCUUUCACAGCCCCAAGUCCAUUUAACCUGUCUACUUUCUUCUUUCCCAGUAUGCCUGUCUUCUCUUCGAGAAAUACCAGCUAAGAGGUGCGCACCUUCGCACAGCAAACUAGCUUGAGGGCGCUUUUUCUCACCAAAGACUUCUCCCACGUUACUUCAGCUGAAGAAUUUUUCCUCUUCAGAUGAAAAAAUGAGCGAAAAUACAAAUGAAAGAGACUUUUGGAGGAACUCUUGUCAGCUUUAGGAGUGACUGUUUAUCUUCGAGCAGAUGCUCGGAUCUCUGGAUUUCACCUCACACUAAACUUCAGUCAUGGGCCUCUUUCCAUCCAUAUCCAAGAUCAUAAGGAAGGGGAAGUGUCUGUUUCUUCUACUGCUGUGUCUGUGUGUUGUAGCAUGGAUAGCAACAUUCUCGAAUGAUGACACAGUGAAGCCCGUCCAGGAGGGUUCAAAUCCUGUCGACGAGGGCUUUGCUCAGCUGGAGCUGGAAUCAGAGAUGAUGCGGAGCAUAGAGGAGCAGUCUGUCAGAGAGAGCUGUCCAGAGCAUUCACCCCUGCUCCGAGGCGCUAUCAAGCUGUCAUUUGAUCCCUCGCUGACGUUAGGGCAGGUAGAGAGUGAAAACGGGGAGGUGGUGGAGGGUCAGUAUUACCCCUCUGACUGUGCGGCCAGACAGAGCGUGGCCAUCCUUAUCCCUCACAGAAACCGAGAGAAGCACCUGCUCUACCUCCUCCACCACCUCCACCCGUUCUUACAGAGGCAGCAGCUUCACUACGCCAUCUACGUCAUUCACCAGGCUGGAGAUGCUACAUUCAACAGGGCAAAGUUAUUGAAUGUGGGUUACCUCGAGGCUCUGAAAGACCAGAGCUGGGACUGUUUCAUCUUCCAUGAUGUGGAUCUAGUUCCUGAGAAUGAUCAUAACUUAUACAUGUGUGAGGAUCAGCCUAAGCACUUAGUAGUGGGGAGGAAUUCGACCGGGUACAAACUCAGAUACAAAGGUUAUUUUGGGGGAGUUUCGGCCAUGACGAAGGAGCAGUUCCACAAGGUCAAUGGCUUCCCAAACUCCUACUGGGGCUGGGGUGGAGAGGACGAUGACCUGAGAAUAAGGGUGACGCUGCAGAAAAUGUCAAUAAUCCGUCCAUCUCUAGAAGUGGCGCGCUACACCAUGGUCUUUCACAAGAGGGACAGCGGCAAUCAAAUCAAUAAAGACAGGAUGCAUCUGUUACGCCGCACUCAUCAGGCGUGGAAGACUGAUGGCUUGAACUCUUGUUCCUACAAGAUUCUGUCCGUCCACAGAGCACCACUCUUCAUCAACAUCACCACAGACAUUGGCCGGCCGGAGAGUGUUCAUUGAGUUUUUGGAUACUAAAAUUCAAGAGACAGUUUGCAUCGAAACACAGCAUUCACCAGUGCCUGUCAGAUCUAGUGCUAAGAGUUGCACUGUGGAUCUGUCCACCUUUACUCUUUAUGGCCCUGCGAGAUAAAAUGGCCAGAAUUCUGAACAAACGCUACUUUUUAAGUAUUACAGUAAUCACGUAGAAUUGAAUCAGUCUGGUCAGGUAAACCUUUCAGGGUUGUAUUUCCAUUCAUUACCUCUAGUUAAAGGUUUGUAUAAUGUAUUCUGUGUGACUUGUGCUCAUUUAGGUCAUUAUAAAAUAUGGCACAGCAUCUGGGAGUAAUGGAAAUCAAAGACUGAUCAAUAGGUAUAUAUUAUGUACGUAGACUUAAAUAUUGAUAUUGACAUGAAUGUAUGUGGGCAGAGGAGGUGUACCUAAGUCUGCAUGUUCUUCAGUGAUGAUGAUUUCAGCUGAACAUGCUUAUAAUGUCUGUCUGGUGGAAAAUUAUAGAUAUUGUAGUGGUUUUUUGGGUCCAAUGAUAUGGUUUAAUCAGUUCAGUUUCGUUUCAGUGAAAUGUAGCUGUAGAUGGGUUAAUUAUUUUACAUUUAGGUCAUUGUUCAGACAGAAUGGCUGCUCAACUCAUACAACUGGGUGGUGUUACCUUACUGAAUUUAUGAUCAAAGGAAAAGAGACUUUUGUUUACUUAGGAUAAUAUCAUCUUACAGGCGAAAUCUUCUCCUAUGCUGUCACAAUGAUAAAAUGAUCCAUAAAACCUUUUUUAGUGCAAUUCUUUGUACAAACACUCUUAGUGCAGUAGAACUAUAAGCAUCUUUCCUCAAACUUUACAUUCUGUGGCACACAUUUAAAAUGAUUGGGGUGUUGUUACUGAACAUUUUAUGACUUUUAUACUGUGCAGAAAUCAUGGGCCAAAGGUUUGUGAAUAUUAAUGAGAACAUUCCACAAAUAGGGUACAAAAUUAGUAUCCCAUUACUUUUUGUAAAGGAAUCAAAUGGACAGAAUAGGAACUAUUCAAUUAAAAACUGUUAUCUAGCAUAAAAUGACCACAUGAGAAGUAUUCACUUUUGAAAACACUGAAUGAAGGAAAAAAAAAAGAUGGAAAGAAAGAAAGCAGUAUAAUAUAUGCCUUUUGACAUCUUGAGGUUUCUUUGAAGGUGAAGCACUGCAUUCUGAUGAAUCUUUAUUGAAAAAGGAAACGUUUUGCAAGAGAUUAAAGUCUGGUUCUGUACCCUGUUCAUGGGACUGAUGCAGUGUUGAACCUGUGUGUGUCGGCUGUUGAUAAAAAGCCAGUUUACUGAUGCUAAUACUGCAAUAAAGAAUUACGUUAAA